GUGCGUGCAAGUACUUUGGCGCUUGCACUUGUAGGUGCUUCGUGGUGUUAUUACCUAGCAUCUCAUGUGCCGUUUGUCAGGCGGUGUCGUGGAAGAAGCUUAUCGAAAAAGCAUGGUGUAAAGCGGAGCGUGUAGUGCGCUGGCGCCUAUUUCGCGACAUGAGGGUUCUUUACCCGUGAAGAUUUUCAAGGAAAGAUUUUCACGGUCUCGCGUGUGCUCGUUGCCCGAAAAAUGUAACAUGGCGAUAACAUCCGCAUCAAAUAUGAGCGGCCACAUCCAAAAACAGCUAACCAGGAGCCUGGAGAGAAUCCUGGAGGAGGCUCAACAGAGCGGUGAACUCAAGUUGAGUGGUCGCAAACUGAAGGACUUUCCGAAAGUUGGCAAAACCAGCUCCUCCAAGUACGACCUUCAGGAUACCGUCACAGCAGACCUUUCCAAAAAUCGCUUCUGUGAAUUACCGGAGGAAGUCACGGAGUUUCCUUUUCUGGAGAAACUACACCUCUAUCACAAUGCCAUAAGAGUAAUACCUGACACUGUUGUGAUGCUCCAGUCACUAAACUACCUCGACCUCAGCCGUAAUCAACUAACGGCACUACCACGAGAAAUUUGUAGACUACCACUUCAGAUAUUAUUAGUAGCCUACAACAGAUUGACUUCCUUGCCAGAUGAAUUAGGCAGAAUGCAAGGCUUGGCUGAAUUGGAUGCUGGAUGUAAUGAGAUUACGACCCUGCCUCCUCGAAUAGGUGACCUUCCUCGCCUAAGGUCUCUCGACCUUAGGAGUAAUCUUUUGGUGCACCUACCCAUAGAACUUACGUACCUGAAGCUUGUGAAGCUAGACAUUAGUUGUAACCGGAUAUCCGUGCUUCCGAACGAGCUGAGGAAGAUGAAGAGUCUCUUCGACCUGAAGUUGUCAGACAAUCCCUUAACUUCGCCACCUGCCUCGUUGUGCAUUCGCGGGCGAACACACAUCUUCAAAUACCUUGAGAGACAGGCGGCGAAACACGAGAGGGCCAGAGGAGGAAGACUAAGAAGAGGACCUCUAGAUUCUCGAGGACAUACAACACUGGACACAAGGUCACACAGGCGUCACAACGUCGACAGUGGUUACAGCACAAGCGAUGGAGUCGAUAAGCGCUGGUCGCAAGAAAUUCAUAGUGCGGAAUUUCGUUCCUUUAACCAUUCGUUCCGGACAAAUCGUCUGCAGGUUGAUGGUGGCGAGGGUCGAGGUGGCACCUGGCGACAAGAAUGCUCUCCGCUUUCCAUCACUCUUCCACACGAGGCUGCCGCCAAUGGAGUCUGCAGUGGAAAUUCCACGCCUAGUACGAUUUCGCCUGGAGAAAAUACAUCUUUGGAAGAUGAACUUGGCAAGGCGAUGAUUCUUCACGACGAAUUGGAGAAAAGGAGACUGGAAAGAAGUACCUCUGAAAAUGGAGCCGAUGCGAGGAGACCAAUGAUUCCAAAUCCCAAUCAAAACUCCAUCACACCUCCUGCCCACUUGGAGAGCACUAUGUUGAAUCAAUCACAGUCAGUUGCAACGAUGCAGUCUGUGCAGCCUCUUCAGGCCACAAAUCACUCAAUGUCGCACGUAAAUGGAGAUGAGAAAAAACCCUUGAAUCAUACACAAACCUACAGGGAAUACAAAGAGGCUUUGAGACAGCAGAGGGUAAAUGAGGGACCUAGUGUUUAUAGGCCUCGAGAGCAAGUAACUCCACCUGGAAACGAUACUAACAACGAAACUGACUCGAACGGCGAGGGUGCGCUAACUGGUAAACAAAUAUUCAACGAAGAAAACGCGAACAAGCGGCCGGUGCAGAAGGUUACGCCAUCUCGGAUUAGUUUUCCGAAUGCACCGGUUAUCAAUGGCAGCAACAACGAAUAUAAUAAUAAAAACGGAAAGUUUGCAGAGCAGUCGUAUAAGAAACCAUCGUCGCCAAUUAAAACUUCAUCUAGUAUACUUUCUAGUAAUUACAGUCCAGGACAUGUGCCAAGGCUAGUAAAGACAACGGUAGGAUUUGUCGAAGGUAACAACGGGGCGAAUGCAAAUGGUGGAAGUCCGAAAUCUGCAAGGUCCGUUACGUGGAAUAGCAACAUGCCUGAAAAAUAUUCUUUCACGAUGAGAAGGGAAUUUGAGCGUGCCAAGGAAGAAGCAGAUCUGAUAGAGCAACUUAGAAAUCAUAUCGAAACGAGGCUAAAAAUGGCAUUGCCCGAAGACCUCGCACCUGCCCUGACUGAUGGAGUUGUUCUUUGCCAUUUGGCAAAUCAUGUUCGGCCUCGAUCAGUCGCCAGUAUUCACGUUCCUUCCCCUGCAGUACCAAAGCUCACUAUGGCGAGAUGCAGGAGGAAUGUCGACAAUUUCUUGGAAGCGUGUAGAAAGAUUGGAGUUGAUGAGAAUUUAGUUUGUUGUGCGAGUGACGUUUUGGAAGGAGGUCGGGGUGUUGUACGAGUUGCAGUGACAGUUUCCGAGUUGCUGAGAUUUCAUCAGACACGUUCUCCUCUUCACACUUCGGCUUCAGUAAACUUGAGCAAUGUACCCGCUUAGUAAGAAACAAUUUAAGGAAUUCUUGAAAUUACACUGUCCUACCUUGGAGCUUUCCUUAUAUCAGACACAAACUAUCGACGUGUUUUUAGGAAAGUUCAAGAUGGUUUAAGAGUGCCACCGCAAUAGCUACGAAAAUUAAUAUUUUAAAAUAGUCAUGAGAAUAGCAAAACUGUUUUUAAAAUCAUGGCUCAAAAAGCACACGCUCCUAUUUUUUACAAUUCGAACGCGAGUUCAAAAAACGAAAUGCGAACAAAAUUUAACCAGCCAUGACAUAACAGUAGUGCAUAUUGGUAUAACUAUAGCUAGGAUUUGGAAAAUAUUGCAAUUUCUUAGUGAUAAUUCUUAAAAGAAAGCAAAAGAAAUAGUAGGAGUUUUUCAAUUUUAAUCCAUUCUAAAAUGGAUGAAAAUGACUGAAUGAUGUUUGUCAGAAAAAAAAGGAAAAGGAUUGCGUCCUUAUUAUGAUUAUAAUAUAUUCGAAUUCUGUGUUUCUAUACUGAAAAUUCAGUCAGAUCUGAUCAGUUAAGUAAGUCUUUUUACUACUUUAUUUUAUUUUUGACAAUAGUGCAAUAUUUGUACCUACAGUGAUUCUUAAAUUUUUUUUCUCCUUUUGAUCUUGAAUGUGGGUUGAGAAGGAAAUAAAAAUGAUCUGAUUGUUUUUUUAGUGUUGAGGUAAUGCAUAAAGUCGUCGGUAAGUUAGUUCGGAAUAUCUGAGUCGUACCGACAACCGAUAGCAGAACUCUCAAGCAAACCGGGAUACGGACUGAAAAGUGAGUCAGGCCUAGGAGAUUCUUUACUCACUGUAGAUAAGCCGCUACUCGUAAAACUUAUCUUUGAAUUAUUCGCAUUCGAUUUUUUCCUCUUUAAAAAUUCGUGCUUUUUCAAAAGAGACUCAUUAAGCAAAAUCGGUUUAUACAAUGUCGAGCGUAAAGACGAUCUCAAAUAUUGUGAUGUGUUGAUUGAAGGAUGGCAAUGUUGGAUUUCUUUGAAAUCAACCUCUACAAGCUGGUCCAGCUUAUAUCAAUAAUCGCUUAAUAUCGUGUAUAUUUAUUGUGCCAAAGAUGUAUCUUUAUUGUCGAGGACCGUCGAAACCUCUUGAUCAAGAACUCAUAAAAAAAGGCUAGUUUAAAUUUCCUAUACCGAUAUCAAAACUCUGAUGAAAUUUGUUUUUUUUUUCAAUUUUUCAUCAGGGCAUGUAGAUGUAUAUUUUGUUACGAUUACAAGUUCUAGUUAAUUUAUCGUGUGUUUAUGCAACACAGUAUACUGGCUGACGAACUUUUAAAUGCUUCUGAUUCUAAUUGCAGUUCUUACUUUGCAUGAGAUGAAAACGGCAUGAAAGUCAAUUUAGAAUUAGUUUUGAAAUGUUAAAAUACGGUAAUGUGCGAUUGAAGAGCCUGAAAGUAGUCGGGCAUUCGCAUGCUUUUAUAUAUUUCUCACUGUGCAACGUUUUGCGAUUAUGGAUAAUCUUGAAACUAGUGUAGUAAUAUCGAAGUAGCUGUAAAUUAUUAAUUUCGUUUCCGUUAUUUAAUUUUGUUUCCGUUAUUAAUAUACUUGAAAAUUCCUCAAGGGAAUUUACUAAAAGAUGUAAAAAAAAAAUUGCAUUGUACUUACCUUGCAAGAAUUUGUAUGAAUAUUUUGCGAUUUAAAAUUCAUGAGCGUUAUGAGACGUUUGAAUUGACUGCCAUUUUUAAUAUUACUAACAGCAAACUUGUGAACUGAGAUUAUCAUACUUUUUUUAAAGUGUUCACAUACAGCCAAAGUUUCCCGUAAAUGGGUGUAUCGAAGCUCAUUUGGUACACUCGAAUUAGAGAUAAUACAAUGAAUUUACCUUCCAACGAUGUUUACUGUUUAUUGAUAAUAGUUAUGCACAAUACACUAUACAUAAUUAUGAAUCGCUGGAUAUCAGUGUAUACAAUAAACCGACUACCACUACCAAAUCAA